AGGCGGGGAGAGGGGGCUUGAAGGCGGAGCGCUACAAUGUGUCGCUCGGUCAGACGGUGCUGAAGUAGGACGCAUGAGACUUGCGGAUCGCCGGAGCAAAGGGAAAUAGAGGUCAGUCUACCUCCACACAGAGAGCGACCAUGAGAGUCCUCCUACUGCUCUCCAUGCCAGUCCUUCUGCUAGCCCAGCCCCCCCUCUACCAAGAACACUUUCCUUUCCUGGAGGACUAUGACCCUGAUUAUUUUCCAGAGAAUCCUGACGCGGAUGUCCAGCAGCAGGUCCUGUUACAGGGUCCUCGACCAUUCCCUGGGCCUGAACGUCCUAGUCCAUCUGAGCCAGAGACAGAGCCCACAGAACCUGGCCCUCUAGAUUGCAGAGAGGAGCAGUACCCCUGCACCAGACUCUACUCAAUUCACAAGCCAUGCAAACAGUGUCUGAAUAGCCUCUGUUUCUACAGCUUGCAAAGGGUGUAUGUGAUCAACAAGGAGGUGUGUGUCAGGACCGUGUGUGCGCAUGAAGAGCUUCUAAGAGCUGACAUGUGCCGUGACCAGUUCUCUCGUUGUGGUGUAGCUGCAGUGAGUGGCCAGUGUGGGUCACUGGGUAGCAGCUGUGGGAAGAGCUGUGGAGGCUGUUGAGAACAUAGGACACAUCAGAGAGAACCCCAGCCCAAAUACUGCCACAUCUCUAGGGUCCACAUUCCACCCCCUACAUCCUUCUCCUCCUCUGUCCAUCUGUCCCAUCCCUUUUCCUGUUUAAUUUUUGACAGUAUUCCACAUAAUCUACAGUACUAAAAAACGACUAUUUGUUUAUUUUCUCUACUUCUCUAGUGUAUCUCCCCUCUCCUCCAUUUUUUCAUCUCUCUUUCAGAAUUAUACAUAAUGCGAAGUGGGAUCAGUAGAACGUGUGUAUGUAGAAAUAAAUAUAUUAUUUUAUACUCAACAGAACAUUGAUGACUGUAUAACAUAUCUGGUGCUAUAAAAUCACUAACAUACUGGUGCUAAGGAAUGGAAAGCUAUGGAAUGGAAAUCAGCACUCAGUCAGAGAUGCACAUAAAAAAAAAACAAUGUUUUGAUCUUGUUUUUUUGCCUUACUGUAUCCUAUAUUCUACAUCAUUGUGUGGUGUUUGUUGUUUACUGUACCUGUGUUGAAAUCAUUCAUAGUAAUGAGGGAACAGCCAGAGUGGCAGCCACUGUGCACUGACCUCAACAACAGAGGCAUUAUCAGUACUCAAUAAUCAUCCCACUGCCUCUGCACUUACUGGGUGGCGAGCAGCGACAAUCAGACUUGAAGAGACGGGUUCUGACCUGACCCCUGAUCCCUCUUGAAAGUGUUUUUGUGUAACACAGUCGGCCACGUGACUAGAGCUACGGUGGCUGGUGACCUUGCAGUGAGUGCAUAGUUUCACAUAUCAGUGGCAAGAAGUGGCGGUGCACAAAUUGUUACUGUACUACUGCUUUGUAAAACCCUUUCACUAUAAUGAAGGAGAAAAACAUUAAAAACAUUUUUUUACUACAA